CAGCAGUUUUCUCUCUCUCUCUCUCUCUCUUUUUUUUCUCAGUUGCAUGACAUUGCAACCAGAAAUCACAACUCCGUUUUAGGUUCCUGGUGGUUCCUGCUUCCUCUUCUAGUUUGUUUAGUCACCGAAUUCGAUUCCUGUUGGCCGAUUACGCGCCUGUAAACAAGCUUAGCGCUCCAUUGAAAUGCGCGAGGCUCCUGAACUCUUGUGUAAACAGGUAACGCGGAGGGGUGGGGCGCAGAUUGCCGGCUUCUUUGGGAUGAGGAUGGGGGUGGGAGUCAGAACCAACUCCUCCGAGAUCAGGAAAGGUGACGGGAGGCCUUUGCUGCUGUUUCUACAGUCCAGUGUCUUCUGGUUCCCUUUCUAGAAACCAGCUGUAACUUUAGGACACAGCGCGCUCAGUUAAGCCACUUGGGAACGAGCGGCACCCAGGCCCCAGGCCCUGCUGCGAAGGCCCCCGGCAAAGGUCGGGCCUCGGUCCGCGCGACGCUCCUUCCUGCACUGGUCCCGGCGGCGCUCGCCUGCAGGUAAGGACGCUCCGGGGGGUCCCCCUUCCGUCUGGCCGGCCACGGUGCUCGCUCUGAUCCUACCUGAUCGAACGCCGUCUUUACCGGGGGCCGGGAUAGGGGUGGGUGGUGCCGAUCGGCUCGUGGUUCAGCUGCAGGUUCCUUAUUCCGCAGACGUGGUUCUGCCUGGUUUCUCGGAUCAGCCCGGCGGGGGCCGGGCGUCGGUUUCGGAUCGCUGUUCUCUGGUGGAGCAGGUGUCACUUCUGGGCUCACGUCUGGGCGUCUGAGCGGGGCGGGCGGCCCGCAGCGAGGCCCCCCGAUCUCUCCCAUCCCGGCAGACUUAUUUGUUAACCUUCAGCAAAGGUAUCUCGGCUCCGAAAACAACAGGAAUGUUGCACUGGCCUUCAGCCAGCGGAGGCUCAGCGAGCAGGAUAAAAUUUCAGUGCAGAUUUACGGGAAGUUCUCGGUGUUGAGAGUAAAAAUCUGGUUUGGUGAGUUUAAGGGAAGGGAGUAGACGAGAGACAACCUUGCUACUGUGAGGCGAACGGCCCCGGCGGGGGAGGGCAGCGGGAGGAGGGAGGAGGGGACCGGGAAGGGCUCGGGGAGCAGGCGCUGAGCGCUCCCGGGCGCUGCGCCGCACGCCGCUGGGCUCCCGGGCCGCGUCUCCCCGGGGUGCGCACCGGGCGCCGUCCCGCCAGGAGGAUCGCCGCGCUUCCCAGUCUCACUCCUGCCAGGAGCGGAGCCCCCGAGGGCUGCCUUCUGGUUCUCGCUCCUGCUUCCCUCUGCGGAGGGUGCAGCCUGGGACGGCGAGAAGCCCGGCUCGGGGACUUGUCCUCGCUGAGAGCUUCUCUCUGCAGGUUUCCAAAGUCAAAACAUUGACAAACUGGAACUCCCAGGGCCUGGGAGUUGAGCCUAAAACGACCUGUUGCUUUAAGCGGCGCGGUGGGGGAGUAGCUGGACACUCCUCUUUGUGGUUUUACAUUAAAAAGAGCGAGGCCGGGAAGAUGUUGUAGGUGACUUGCUAGCCUUGUCAAUUGCUACCGGGCUGUGAAUGAAUGGUGUUAAUUUCUGAAGUGGGGCGACUCCAAAUACAUAACAAAGUUCACGUAACAGAGGCCUUGGAAGGACACUUUGCAUCAGGACACCCCGCAGAGAUCAGCCAUUCCUGGGCUCACCGAGAGGUUUGGAUUUGCUUCAAAGGUCACUCCAAAAAUUGAACUACGAAAUCCCAAGCAAGCUGCCCGAAUUUCCCUAUAAAUUCUUGGUCUACAUCCUGUAAAGGACCAGACAAGUCAAAUCGGUGGUUUUUUGGUUUCCAGCAGCCGUGGAUGCCUCUGACAUUAUGACUGCAGAAGAUUCCACUGCAGCCAUGAGCAGCGACCCAGCCCCCGCGGCCGCGGUCAGGGUGCCCGAGGGUGUGGCCGGCGCGCCCAACGAGGCGGCGCUGCUGGCGCUGAUGGAGCGCACGGGCUACACGAUGGUGCAGGAGAAUGGGCAGCGCAAGUACGGCGGCCCGCCGCCCGGCUGGGAGGGCGAGCACCCGCAGCGCGGCUGCGAGGUCUUCGUGGGCAAGAUCCCCCGCGACGUGUACGAGGACGAGCUGGUGCCCGUGUUCGAGACGGUGGGCCGCAUCUACGAGCUGCGCCUCAUGAUGGACUUCGAUGGCAAGAACCGCGGCUACGCCUUCGUCAUGUACUGCCACAAGGCCGACGCCAAGCGCGCCGUGCGCGAGCUCAACAACUACGAGAUCCGCCCGGGCCGCCUGCUCGGCGUGUGCUGCAGCGUGGACAACUGCCGCCUCUUCAUCGGCGGCAUCCCCAAGAUGAAGAAGCGCGAGGAGAUCCUGGAGGAGAUCUCCAAGGUCACCGAGGGCGUGCUGGACGUGAUCGUCUACGCCAGCGCCGCCGACAAGAUGAAGAACCGCGGCUUCGCCUUCGUGGAGUACGAGAGCCACCGCGCGGCGGCCAUGGCGCGCCGCAAGCUCAUGCCCGGCCGCAUCCAGCUCUGGGGCCACCAGAUCGCCGUGGACUGGGCCGAGCCCGAGAUCGACGUGGACGAGGACGUGAUGGAGACCGUGAAGAUCCUCUACGUGCGCAACCUCAUGAUCGAGACCACGGAGGACACCAUCAAGAAGGUCUUCGGCCAGUUCAACCCCGGCUGCGUGGAGCGCGUCAAGAAGAUCCGCGACUACGCCUUCGUGCACUUCGCCAGCCGCGAGGACGCCGUGCACGCCAUGAACCAUCUCAAUGGCACCGAGCUGGAGGGCUCGUGCCUCGAGGUGACGCUGGCCAAGCCGGUGGACAAGGAGCAGUACUCCCGCUACCAGAAGGCAGCCAAGGGCGGCGGCGCGGCCGAGGCGGCAGCCGUGCAGCAGCAGCCCAGCUACGUGUACUCGUGCGACCCCUACACGCUGGCCUACUAUGGCUACCCCUACAACGCGCUCAUCGGGCCCAACAGGGAAUACUUCGUGAAAGGCAGCAUAAGAGGCCGGGGUCGAGGUGCAGCUGGCAACAGAAACCCAGGGCCCAGGGGUUCCUACCUCGGGGGAUAUUCUGCUGGCCGUGGUAUAUAUAGCCGCUAUCAUGAAGGGAAAGGAAAGCAGCAAGAAAAAGGAUUUGAACUUGUACCGAAUUUGGAAAUCUCUACCGUCAACCCAGUUGCCAUUAAACCUGGUGCAGUGGCCAUCCCUGCCAUUGGGGCCCAGUAUUCCAUGUUUCAGGCGGCUCCCGCUCCUAAAAUGCUUGAAGAUGGCAAAAUCCACGCAGUGGAGCACAUGAUCAGCCCCAUCGCCAUGCAGCCAGACCCAGCCAGCGCCGCCGCCGCCGCUGCCGCCGCCGCCGUCAUUCCCGCGGUGUCAACGCCGCCGCCUUUCCAGGGCCGUCCAAUAACUCCAGUAUACACGGUGGCUCCAAACAUUCAGAGAAUUACUGCUGCCGGGAUCUAUGGGGCCAGUUACGUUCCCUUUGCUGCUCCGGCCACAGCCACGAUCGCCACACUACAGAAGAACGCGGCCGCGGCCGCCGCUGUCUACGGAGGCUACGCUGGCUAUAUACCUCAGGCCUUCCCUGCUGCUGCUAUUCAGGUUCCCAUUCAUGACGUCUACCAGACGUACUGAUUCUGGGGGUGAGAGCGGAGACGAAUCGUGAAACUACCACUGAAGGAACACUUUACUAUUUAUGAAGAAAGAGCAUGGUGGCUUAGCACACAGAUGAAACCUGAAAGUGAAGAAUGUAGUCAAGUACCAUACUGAAAUAUUUUAUACACAUGAAGUUUUCACUAGUUUUUUAAGACUAUUUUCAACUUAGCAGCCUGUGUUCAUACAUUUCUAAGAGACUUGUAAUGGUUUGUGCCUUAAGACCAUCUCUUAAAAAUUUGUAUGCUGUAGUAUGUUUGUAUAGAGGUUUUUGUUUUUGUAUUUUUAAGGAUAUAUUUUCAGUAUGAAGGUUAUUUUCUUAACUUCUGCACUCCAGAGAUUUCUAUUUUGUAGUACCUUCAGUAAUAUAUCAACUAUAUAUUAAAAGGCACACUUGAGCAGCUAGGGAACUAUUUUGAAAAAAUAUAUUCAAUAUUUAAAGAUACAAACAAUAGUGCUUUAAAACUAUCACAUAAAACGUUAUUUUAAAAAUUAUACUGGAAAGUGCAAUUUUAAAAUGAGUAAAACCUCUAUUUUUGCUGGCAUUAAGGGUUGACGGGGUUACCAUGUGUUAUCUACGAUGGUUCUAUUUUUUUAAAAGAAAUUAAACACCCGGUCUCUCCUUAAGCCAACAUUGGAAAGACUUGUCACACUUCUGGGUCUAAACACUGGAAUGCUCUCCCCUGCCACCAUUACCCUGGGGCCUGCUCAUUCUCUCUGGGUCUUUGCUCUUAAACUUAAUAUUGCCUUCUACUCCCCUGCUCAUCCCCGCCUUCUACCCGCAUCCCACCUCCCUGUGUGGCAAGUCUAGAGCAGAUGAAUUACUCUGGUAGAGAAAACAUGGGUGGCUUUUGUACUUCUUCCUGGGUUUUUGUUGGGGAUUUUUGUUUUUGGUUGGGGACAUAUUUUCAAUAGCAGACUAUGUGUAAGCACAGAUUUUAGUAGUUUUCAUAAGACAUCUUUGCAUAGCUAUUUAAUUGCCCGAUAGAAAACUUCAGUUCCUUUUCUCACGCUUGUAUUUUAUUUGCUUUUGAAGUAUGAGUUUGUAGAGACGACGAAUGUUAUUGUAGCAAGGCCCCCCAGAGAUUCCUGUUGCAGAAAGUGACACUUCUAGUUGCCUUACCAUGUUUCAUGCAAAAAUGUCUGUGGUCGCCAGUGGCGUUAAAAAUAGUAUGUUUAUUGGACAGGGCUUCCCUCCGUGGCUGUGCCACGUGGCAGGUGAACUGCGUUGACGGUGCACGCCCAGGAGGAGGGGGAAUCCGGCAGGAGUUAAGACAUAGUUUGUAAAUAUCUCCUAAUCCUCCUUUUUAGGUUUUUUAUGUUGCAGAAGUUCAUGGUAUAGAGUUUAAUGCAAAAGGAAACCAUUUUAUUUCAAUGUUAUUAAAAGCUUUGUUUUAUUAGGAAGUAAAUAUAUUGUUGCAGUGUUUGGUGCCUGUUUAAAGGCUUUUGUUUAGCAGAGUGGAUGUAAAAUACAGUAAAAUAUUAAGAUCGUCAUCUACUUUAUGAAAUACAUCAACGUGGAAUUUUUUUUAAAGGCUCUACCAAGGAAGUGAGUUGUGCAAUAAGUAGCAAGUAACACUGUUGUGUUUUUAUAUAAUACUAGAGACCCACCAAAUCUUUCCACUCGCUGAAUUUUUGCUGGUGGCUGAAUUCUUAUUUGUGGAUUAAUAAUAGGAUCAUGCCUCAAACAAAUAUUUUAGUUUUGUUUUAAAUUUUAAAUUAAGAGAUUCCCAAAUUCUGCACCACUCUCCCCCCACCCCUGCCACCAAUUUAGAGUGGGAUGAAUUUUUUAUAUAUAAGCAAUAUUUAUUUAUUGUGUGAAGUUAUUGGGUGCUCACAAAGGCCUUUAAACAUUCCUUCCCACCAUUCCUAAGUGAUGUAAAGUGAUUGUGCAAUGUUCCUGAUGAUGUACCCAGCAAGCUGCACCCAGACUUGAGUCUGUUGGAAUGAGUAACCCAACGAAAUGCCAUUUGGACCAGAGCCGCCUCCUGUGGCUAUGUGAGAAGAAGCGGUCUCCUUCCAGUGUCUGAUGGCCACAGAGGUUCCCUGGAUGAGACUUGGACCCAGUGGUCUUACUGUAUUUUACAUGUGCCUGUACAUUGUUUGGGGGGGAAAGAAUAAUAAAAAGUAAAGGAAAAAAAAUGAUAUCUUAACAUGGCAAAUGCCAAACUACCUUAAAAACAAAUGUUGGUGACAGCCAGUUAAGUAUCAGUGAGCCUCUUAUCUGUUUCUAUUUCAAACCCAUUUCACAUACACUACUGAGGUAAGUUUAUAACUUGAAAUGUGAACUUUUUUUUUUUUUUUAGGAUUAAGAACAAACUAUAUAAAUGUAAAAAAAAAAGCUUUAGAGUUUUCUGUUUUCAAACGUGCUAGCAGUUUACUUCUCUUUAGUUGCUUUGUAUUUGAAAAAGCUUUAAACUUAUUUAGAUCUUGCUCCAUUUACAAUACAUUCUUAGGAUGUAUGUAGUAAAUAAAACUUUCUUUAAAGCAAUUUCAAAA